CCGCUCCCCUAUCAACAACCGCGGGAAGUAUUUCCAGUGUAGAGGUCGCAAAAUGUGAAAGGAGGCCGUUUUGGAAUUCUAAGAUGUUGUAAACUUCACACUUUAGCAAACCAAAACAAAAGCCAGACGCAUGGAGUUCCCGGGUCGAAGGCGGCCUGGAAGUCUCGGCACUCCGACUCUGAGGAGAAGAAUGGAUCGCAUGUUACCUUUCUCAGAACGUCGCACAUCCAAAGUGUGGGACCACUACACCCAGCUUAGUAUGCAUCGAGUUGAAUGUAACCACUGCAAGAGGCAGCUGUCCUUUCACAACAGCACCACCUCGAUGAGAGAGCACUUGGGACGAAAGCACAGCAUUCGCGACGGAGCAGUCCCACCUCCCAACACAGCCGAUGUCCCAAACCCCUCAGCAUUACGUCAACACAUGGCUGCAUCCACUUUACUUAAUGGCAGAUUCCCACCAUCUAAUGCGUCAGUGGAUGUGCCAACAGGGUCAUUUCAGCCGGUAGUACCUGUUAUUGUCAAAGAGGAGCAGCAUGAAGAACUAUCAGCCGAGGCAGGUGAGGCCAAACAUACCUGCACUACAUUUGUCCCUGGUUCUGCAGGAGGAGUUGGCACUUCAAAUGCUAAUUCCAUUCCCAGCCAGGAUAUAGAACCAACUUACAGAUUUUCCCCAGAUGAGCUUAACACCACGCUCAACAACAGUGGUGGCAGCAACACUAGUGGUGCCAGGGGUUGCAGUGAUAAGCGGGCAGGACUCUUCACAGAUCUUAUCUUGGAGAUGGUGUAUAGAGAUCUGCAACCUUUCUCAGUGGUGGAAGACAGGGGAUUCAGACUCUUGCUUAGUUGCCUUGAACCAAGUUAUCCCAUUCCAUCACCUUCUUUGCUUGGGAACCUUCUGUGGCAUCGCUACCACAUUCUCAAGCAAUGCCUUCAGCAGCAUCUUCAAACUGGCCUUGCUCCCCGCUGUCUGGCCAUUUGCACUGAACACUGGCGAUCUGUGGAAGGAUGUGGGGUUGAAGGAAGUGGCCAGUUCUACCUCACUGUCAGUGCACAUUUUGUUGACUCUAACUGGCAACUGGCCCGCUGUGUUUUAGAUACUCGUCUAAUACCAGAAUACAAAGUCAACAGCCCCAGCAGUGGGCCUGCCAAGUUUGCAUACACAUUAAAAGCAGUUCUGUCAGAAUUCCACCUUCCUGAGAGUUAUGUGUUCUGCGUUGUUUAUGACACUCCCUGGGGUAUGGAGUGCAGGAGGCAGGGAAGCAUGACACUUGAUCAGGACUAUCAACAGGAAUUUCCUGGUCCCAGUCAUGCUCCCAUGCAGUCCCUUCCAGAGGGCUGGGAACCACUUCUCUGUGCAGGGGAGGCUCUCAAAAUCUGCGUCCAGGAGGGACUUUAUGUAGAGACUGUCAGACAGGCACUUGCGGAUGCUCGUGGGAUCGUCCGACACUUCCAGCAUGAUGUUAAUGCUGCAGCAGCUCUAAAUCAAAAAACAGAGGCUGCCAACAAAGGUGCAGCACGGCUGGUCCUGGAUGACCCAGGCCGCUGGGCCACAGCCAUUGACAUGUGUGAAAGACUGCUGGAGCUUAAAUGGGUGGUUAGCUCAGUGCUGGAAGAGCAAAAGGCUGCACCUAAUUUGGCUGACCAUCAGUGGCGUUUAUUACAUGAAUUGGUGCCGGUGCUAAGAACUGUGCGCAUUGCAGCAUCCUUCCUGAGUGAAGAUAUCAAUGCUUCUAUUUCUUCCUUGAUGCCAUGCCUCCAAGGUGUGUCUCGAAUCCUGGGGCAGAACAUGGCUGAGUGCAGCUGCCCCGUGGUCAGGGGAGUGAUGGAAAGGAUCCGCACUGGGAUGGAGAAGCGCUGGAGAUUGACUGACGAGGAAUCUUUGCUUGACAGUCCUGCUGUCCUGUCAUCAUUCCUGGACCCAAGAUUCAAGGAGAUGCGAUUUCUCAGCCCACAUGCCCGCAGCAAGCUGCAUGACAAGGUCAAAGAGCUGUUAUCCGUUCAGGCUUACACAGAUGAUAGAGAAGUGGACCAAGAUAUAGACAGGGGCUUGGAAGUGAGAGAGAAUGAGACAGGAGGGGAACCUGCUGUUUUGGGAUUGGAUGACCAAUUGCCUAUUCCCACAGUGGCAUCAUUGGAUUCCCCUGAGUCCUGUGCCUCAUGUGCGGAGGAGGGUGACAGCAUUGAACUUCAGCAGAAUGAGAAUUUCGUAGCUGUCUCAUCUCCAGAACACAUUAAUGAAAAUAUUAUUGUGGGUUCACCUUCCAAAGCUACGGGUGGACGUAAAAGAGCAGCUAACAUAGCUGGACUGUCAUCUCCACUGACAUGUGAUCGGCAGCUCACUGCCCGAAUGCGAAUAAGCCCUGUCCCUCAAAGUAUGUACGACAUUCUUCUAGGAGAGGAUCCUACUGAACGAAUGCCCGAAAUCCAGCAGCAGCUGGAGAAUUACAUAGCAGAGCCACUGUGCAAACGUAGCCUCUCGCCUCUUCACUGGUGGCGUAACAAAGAGCACCGCUUUCCUGCAGUGGCCCGACUUGCACGAAAAUAUCUUUCAAUCCCAGCUACUGCUAUUCCUGCUGAUCGUGCUUUUGCACCGAGAGAAUCACCUGUGGCCCACAGGAGAGCCAUGCUAGGGCCCAAACAUCUUGACCAAGUAUUGUUUCUUCAUCAGAACUGUGAUUAUAUAGAGCAGCUUAAGGGUGGUCUUUCAGGACAUCGGGAGAGUGACCAUAACAGUAAUCUGAGUGGGAACCAAAGUAGAGACAGUCUGUAUCAGACUUUAGUGUCCUAUGAUAAUAAGGUUUAGUGAAAAAGGGCUGUGAUUACUGUUUAUGGACACAAGGCUCUUAUGCACUCUCUAAGUACUCGAAUGUAUAAAAUGUAUUGAACUCAAUACUUUCACAAUCUUUAUUUUUAACAAGUAUAAAAAUAAGCUCCUUGGGUUUUGUCAUUGUAAAAAACAUAAUUAGUCAAUAAGGAUUGACUAUUUUUGACAGAUUAACAGUUGCGCAGCUACUAAAAGUUUUAUUUACAAUGACCACAAAAAUUGUCAUCACACAUUUGAAAUAAUGCUGAUUCCUAUUCCGUGGAAGGAAAUUAUUACACUACUUUUUUUUAGUGUUUGGACUCUGGGAGUUCUGGAGAACGGUAUGAUUAUUGUCUUGUAACUCUGGCGUAUUCAUCGGUAUGCUAAAUUUUAUGUGCCUGCUCAAUACUUCGUAAGUGAUAUGUGUUCAGUUACAAGGUACAGUCCUAAAUGUACCUUUAAUUAAAAUGACCAUUUCUCAAGCUUUGAAUAUGUGAUUACAAAAAACAGUAUUGCCAAGUUCAUGCAUGCAUUUCAACAGUUAUUGUUUAUUCCAUGUACAAAAUGACAUGUUUUGUAACUUGUGACAUUGAGUAUUGGUUAUCUUCCCUAAAUGUAACAGCUGAUUAAGAUGUAAUCCAUGAACUGCAUGUCAAAUUAAAGCUUGUAUGAAACAG